AGUCAAUAAUCCAUCAAAACAAUGUAUGUAUCUUUUUCUGAGUUCAAUUGAAAAUAUAGAAUUUAAUAGAAUUGAAGAUGUUUGGAAAGGUUGCUAAAUCCUUUUUGGCAAUAAUUGUUGGGGGUACAACUGUAAGGUUGUCUGAAAAUUAUAUAAGAUCAUUUUACAUAGACGAUAUUGAGAAAAAGCAUGUUUUAAUAACAGGAUGCGACAGCGGUUUUGGCGAAAAAUUUGCAAGGCAACUUGAUGCGAAAGGAGUUAAAGUUAUUGCCGCUUGUUUAACACAAACUGGUGCUGAGAAACUAAAGACGAAAUGCUCCAAUCAAUUGCAAACAGUUCUACUUGAUGUAACAAACGACAAACAAGUAAAUGAACUUAGAUCAAAAUUGGAAAUUGAAUUGAAGGACGUAGGACUACACGCGCUUGUCAAUAAUGCUGGUAUUAGUACGGCAUCUAUUGUAGGUGAAUUGGAAAUGUAUAACUCCGAUGAUUACAGAAGAGUCUUGGAUGUGAAUACUGUGGCUGUAGCCAAUUUAUCAUUGAGAUUCUUACCUCUAUUAUCGAAAGCCGAAGGCAGAAUCGUUAAUGUGUCAUCAGCUGCGGGAAGAUUAGCCGAAGGCAAUAAUAUACCUUAUCACGUUAGUAAAUUUGCGACAGAGGCAUUCUCCGAUUGUCUAAGAAUAAAGCUUAGAAAUAUGAAUAAGGGCGUUACAGUUCAUCUUAUCGAACCAGGAUUUUUUAAAACCGAGAUCAUUAAUGUAGAAUCAACUAAAAAAUUAGUUAAAAAGGGACUUGAAAGAAUACCAAUAGAUAAACGGCAAGGAUUGGAUGAAGAGAUUUACGUUAAUCAAUAUGUUAAAGCAUUAACAGCCAUCAAUGACAAUGCAUCAUCCAAUAUCGAAGAAGUUACUAAUGCUUAUGAACAUGCUAUAUUUUCAAAGUGGCCAAAGAGAAGAUACCCAAUAGGAUUUGACUGCAAAUACAUUGCUAUUCCAAUAUCACUUUUACCGUCGUGGAUAUCCGAUUAUAUAAUGAUUAAACCAAAAGAUUAA